UGUUACGGCAAGAAGGAGUCAAGUUAGUUUACAGGGCAGUGUUAAGACAGAAGGGGUCUGAAACAUCAGUCUUGUUUGUCAGUUGUCUGCGUCACGUUUGAAACGACUGUGGUGUCGGCUACGUGUUAAGGGGUGUUACGACUGACUAAGGAGAGUGUGCGUGUCAAACCCCUUCAGUUAAGUUGGUUAAUUGCAGCUUUGGACACGAUUUCAUUUUAUUAAAGAAGCCACAGCACCACAGCCAAACUGGACAGCAGGGAACUCCAGGGCAGUGUCGGCCCAGACUUCAUCUUGAGGCACCGAAACACUACAGAGCAUAUGUGUCGUAGAGACCAGGAGACAGAGGCACAGCCCAGCGAACAGAAGGAGCAGCACAAAGACUGUCUGCUGCAGCAUGGGGAUGAACAGAUGGAGUCUGAAGAGGAGACAGAAGAGGUAGAGGAAGAGAAGGCACCAGACGAAGGCUUCUUGGGAAUGGCACCAUUACUGCAGGCGCAUCAUGCCAUGGAGAAAGUGGAGGAGUUUGUACACAAGGUCUGGGAAGGAAGGUGGCGGGUCAUACCCCACGAUGUGCUCCCUGACUGGCUGAAGGACAACGAAUACCUUCAGCACGGUCACCGGCCCCCCAUGCCCUCUUUCAGAGCCUGCUUCAGGAGCAUCUUCAGAAUCCACACCGAGACCGGGAACAUUUGGACACAUCUACUAGGUUGCCUGUUCUUCUUGUGCCUGGGCAUCUUCUACAUGUUCCGGCCCAACAUGUCCUUCGUGGCGCCCGUCCAGGAGAAGGUGGCGAUUGGUAUGUUCUUCCUGGGAGCCAUCCUCUGCCUGUCCUUCUCCUGGCUCUUCCACACAGUGUACUGCCACUCAGAAGGGGUCUCCCGUGUCUUUUCCAAACUAGACUACUCGGGCAUCGCUUUCCUGAUCAUGGGGAGCUUCGUUCCCUGGCUCUAUUACUCCUUCUACUGCUCCCCACAGCCCUGCGUCAUCUAUCUGAUGGUCAUCUGUGUGCUCGGCAUCUCUGCCAUUGUGGUGUCUCAGUGUGAUUUCUUUGCCACACCCCAGUACCGGGGGGUCAGAGCGGGUGUGUUUGUGGGUCUGGGGCUGAGCGGUGUGGUACCCACUUUUCACUUCAUGAUCUCGGAGGGUUUCCUGAGGGCUACCACCAUGGGCCAGAUGGGCUGGCUCUUCCUCAUGGCAACACUCUACAUCACCGGAGCCUGUUUGUACGCUGCCCGCAUCCCCGAGAGGUACUUCCCUGGAAAGUGUGACAUCUGGUUCCAUUCCCAUCAGCUGUUUCACAUCUUGGUGGUGGCGGGGGCUUUCGUCCAUUUCCACGGAGUGUCGAACCUGCAGGAGUUCCGCUACACAGCGGGGGGCGGCUGCACUGAAGGCAAUGCGCUGUAACCAGAUUGGCAGAUUGAGUCUGAAACAUACGUGCAGGAAGUAUCCAUUGUGGUCAAGAUGAUGAGGAAUCUUUUUUUUCCAAAUGGAGAAACAGCAACGUUGAAAAUAGUGACUUGGUUUGACCAGUCCAGGCUUACCACACUCCCUGGAAGAUUUCUUUUUUAUAUAAUUAUAUA